AUGCUCCGCCCUCUAGUCCUACAGCAGAUUCUCGAUACAAUCGUUACACCUCAGCCGUCGUCUUCCUCUUCCUCCUCGUCCAGUAGCAGCAGCAGCAAUGCUGCGCCGCAUACGGCUCUUCUAGUCUUGAAGGAGACAGGAACUCUAUACGCUGCUUCAUCGCGCUAUAUCUCUCCUCAUUCUGGCGCAUCCGGGGGUAGCUCGUCAGGCGAGUCAAGUUCGCAAGAAGCACCUCCGCAUCCCGUCUUUCGAGGACUACUAUGCUCCUCUGCCUCUUCCUCUUCUGCGGGCACAUCAGGAGGAGGAGGUGGAGCCAAGCACAGUAGUCUCGAGGAGCGUAAUAGGGCAGUUGGGGUGCUCAGCAGUCUUGCAUGGCGAGAGAUAUGCGCAAGGAGGAGUGUUGAAGAGGAAGAGUGGACGGGAUGCUUGAGUGUGCGGUCCUCUCAAUACGGUCUUGUGCAUAUCCGUCCUCUGCUUCCUCCACCUCCAACACAAAGACAACAGCGCUCCCUCUCUUCCACUUCCCAUUCCCAAUCUCCUUCCCCUAAUCGUCCCUUGGGAGGAGGAACAGACGUAGGCUCAACUAGCAUCGGGGCAGGACCAAGCCCAUCUUCUUUCGCAGCUGCAGAGCAUGGAGCUGAGGGAGAGGGGGAAGAGGCCGUCUUCCUCCUCGUGCUCAAUGCUGCACUGCCUAAGGCUGCGUCCUCAACUUCUGCACAGGAGCAGUCGCUCGGUGAGGGAGGCCUUGUGGAAGGUACAGUAAAGGAGGGUGGGCUAGGAUUGGGAGGACCGGGAGAGGACUCUACUAGCUCGAUUUCUUUGCCUGUUUUGCAGGCGAAACUUCAAGGGCUUGCGCAACUCGUGGCGGAUAGUCUUGCGCCUGGACUGAGGAUACUGGAACGGUAG